AUGAGGACACCCCAAGCUGAAGGAUAUGGUGAUAUUCCUGUAAAGAACACGUUUGUGCACUUCGUCGAGGGUGGACCUUUCUGCGAUAUUGUGGAGCGGUGGUCUUCCUGUCCUGCCAACCUGGAGUCCAACAAGAUUGAAACGACCUCUGUAGCGACAAUGUGCCGCAACAGGAGCGACGAUGACGAGAAGGACCAGCGACGACGAUCACUGCAAGAUGGUCAGCUUCGAUGGGCAGUCGACAAAUCCAAGACACAGCCCCAGCUGUGCACGGACAUCACCGUGGUGGAAGGAGAGGUACCGGCUACCAGGGCUCAAGAGCUCCGCCUUAGCAAGACGAUCAACCGUGAAAUCACUCAUGCAGCAAGCAAAGGAAAAGCUAGAGCAGUUCUCGACGUGACCUGGAGUCGGCUGAUGUCGAUGAACGGCGUGAACCUCGCCACGGCUUUACACCGUAUCGCUCGUCACAGCUCUGAGGACCCAUCUCAGAUCAGUGAUGUCCAUCUGCAUCCAGGCUUCGGCCCAAUGAUGAAGGCUAUCGAGAGGAAAGCAACUUUUGCGUUGGAGUCUGGCCAAGACAGCAACUCUGCUGAAGCACAGUCUGCUGGCUUUCCGGCCCAGUGUGCCAGCAUCAUCGCCUGGUCUUGUGCCACGUUGUCGGCCCUUGCCUCAGUUGGAAGCACUUCCAACUCGUCAGGGGUGCGCGAUGAAGGCAUGUUCGGAAUUCUAGCGGAGCUCGCUGGUCCUCGGUUGCGCGAACUGAAACCGUACGAGGUUACAAAUCUCAUCUGGGCGUUUGCGAAGCUUACUGUUCCUUGUGUGCAGCUUUUUCAGAAUGCAGCGAAGAUGCUUCAGACGCGACGGCAUGGAGAAUACAAGGCACAGUGCCUCUCUGCAGCGGUAUGGUCGUUUGCACAGUCAGCAGCACUUUCCAGGACCGCACAGAUCCAACUCUUCAAGAGCAUCGGGGACGAGAUGGCCCCGCAGGUGGCUUCCUUGAAGCCUCAGGAGAUGGCCAAUACGGUCUGGUCCUUCGGGCGGGCGCGGGUCAAGCAUCAGCGACUUUUUGAGGAGAUUUGUGGUACUUUUGCCAACAACCCGGGAGCCUCUCGCUUCAGCAUCCCGCAGCUGACCAGCAUCUUGAUGGGAUGUGCUCAGGUUAGAUUCCAGCAGCCAGAAGUCAUCGGAAGAAUCAGCGCGGUCAUGCUUCGCAACAGCCACGCCUUGACUGCAGAGCAAAUGUCCUGUGUCUUAUGGUCUUUGGCGGAGCUUGAUGCACAUGACCGGGUCCUUCUUGUACAGAAGCUCCUGGACAUGGCAGCAGCAGAUCUUACUUCUUUCAAGCACGAGGAGUUGCAUAACGUGAUGGCAGCUGCCAGAACCUUGUGCCCACAGCACCGUGUCCUUUUUGACGCCUACCAAGCGAUAUUUGGAGAGGAUAGAAGUCGAGAUGGGUCGCACUUGAUCGGCAUACUAGAGGAAUCGGCGGAAGAAUGA